ACAAAAUAUCACCGAUAAAUACUUUUUUUUCAUAAUAUUUUGGAAAAUCGUCGCAAUAUCCGAAUUAAGUGAAUAAUUACUGGGAUUUAACGCAAACUGAGACACAAUUGAUAGCGCAAGGGAUUUUUGGGAGCCAGCCAAAGCCAUAGAAUGUAAAGAUGCUAAAGUACAUAAAGAGGCAAGCCAGCCGCCGUCGCAGCAGCCAAGAUGCCACGGAUGGCCCCGCCGCGCCCACCGCAAGCGAUGAUGUGGAUGGGACCGACAGUGCCGUGGCGCAAAAACGUCACUCGCUGCGCUCCACAACCAGUUUCUGUGAUGAGGUGUUCCUCGAGGUGGACGAGGAGGGUGGCGUCGGCGUGGGAGGAGGAGCCCUUUCCGAUGGCAUCAGUCUGUGUAGCAACGAUGACAUUUUUAGCUACCAUUCGCGUUUGUCGAUGAACCUCGCCUCCAUUGUCAGCGAUCACUGCCUGAGCUAUUUUGUGCAGUUUUUGGACACUCGACAGGCCCUGCCUUUGAUCAAAUUCUACCUGGACAUUGAGAACUUCAAGCGGGCGGCGGCGCUUACACAAGAAACUGAGCAAACGGAGGUAGAAGAUGAGGACAACUCACCGCCGCCUGCUACUGAUUCAACUUCCUCGCUGAACAACAACAACAAAAGUGACAACGAUGUACCUGAACUGAAAACGCUGUGCGAUCUGUCAAUGCGAAAACCCCUGACAGACGAUGAGAAGAGCCAGAUUUAUGCCGAAACCAACAAGCAGAUAAUUAACAGACAAAAGUCCGGAUCGGGACCAGCAUCUCUGCCGAAUAUCUCCGAACUUUCGAGGGCCAGCAUCAGCGAUGCCAUAGCCAUCUACCAAAAGUAUCUGAUAGUUAAUGCCAGUCUGCAGGUGGAGCUGCCAAUUGUCAUACUGGCCCACAUAUCGUUACUCCUGUGCGGACGAGACAAAGCCGAGUGUAGUAAACCCAUCCCAGCCAGUUGCUUUGACGAGGCCAGGGAGUUUGUGUUGGAGCAAUUGGAACGCGAUCAUGUCCUGGGAUUCCUGCAGAGCGGCUACUAUUCCACAUACUGUCUGGAGUUGGUCGAAGGUGGUUCUAUAAACAUCUACGAUGUGUUGUACAGCGAAUUGGCUUUAUUUUACUUCACCGAGUACCUGGAGCAGCGUCAGGAGCGCGAAUGUCUCGAGUUCUGGAUUACGGGCAUUAAUUUUCGUAAGAGUUUUGCUUCUGGAGAGGAUGACGAAGCGGCACAAAGCGAUGCCAUGAUAAUAUAUGACAGAUACUUUUCGCUGCAAUCGGAUUGUCGCCUGUGGAUGUCACAGAAGCUGCGAUUGAGAGUGGAACAAGCCAUCUGUGCUCCUGGCGAGCAGUGGCAAGCCUUUGACUUGGCUUUAUUGGUUACGGCCAAGUAUCUGGAGCAAAAGUACUUUGCCGAUUUCCUAAGAUCCCACAUCUUUGAUAACUAUGUCAAUGAACUGAAGAUAAAAAGAGAUAACUCUGCCUCCUCUCACUCGAAUCUCCUUCAACACAAACCAAGCCUGCGUAGAACUGGCAAAACAACCAAUGUACAGCGGCAUAGGAAGGCCUUAUCCAUGUCGGAUUGCACGCACAUCUCGCAACACAACACACUGCUGGCUUCCAUGGACACACUGCCGUCGAAGGCGACGAUAAAUCAACAACAGUCGGGAAAUCUCAAUAUCGAUGCCCGGCAGCUGACGAAUCCGCAACUCCUGUGGCAGCGUCCCUUUGUGGGUACGCUGAAAUUUGGCUUUGUUAACUCCUUGGGCCGCUACGAGCGAGACUUUGAGGCUGUGGAUGCAGUGGCUCUCAAGUCGCAGCCAUGGUCACUGAGUGUCAGCGGUAGCAAAAUCAAAAAUGCUAUGCGAAAGCUGGUGAAUCUCCCGGAGGAUAAUGUGCAGGAAGAGAUUGCUUGGCAGGUGGCCGAAAUGAUUGUCAAGGAUGUAACGAGCGUCACGCUUAGUGGAAAAACUUCACCGCCUCCAUUGGCCUAAGAAUCUCCCCCGAGAAGUGCACAAAUUUGAUGUCGCAACAGGAGCUCUCUAACUCUACUCUCUCUUAUGUACAAACUAUGUUGAACAAACAGAAUCCAAUUAUUUAACAUAUUAACUUAUUUUCAUUAAUUUUGUGAGCUUUGAAAGCCGCACAAUUACCAUGACUAUUGCUCGCUCAUUUGUUAUUUUAUGCAACAAAAUCAAUCUAAAACUCAAAUAUAUAUACUAUAUAGAGGA